AUGAAUGCACUCCAUCUGAUCCUGGCCAUAGUUUUCCUCUCCGCAGCAACAUGUCUAGAAUUUGGUCAGCGUUGUAAUCGCAGUCCUGAUUUAUGCGACCCAACGAAAUUCCUCUCCUGCCAAGAAGUUGGCCCAGGCCAGCUAAUCUGCCAAUGCGAACCUGCUGACGCGUCUGAAUCACCCUUCGAACCUGGAAUUUGUCUAAAAUACGGCGAAGCUCUUGGUGACCCCUGCAUUCCUGGGGCGAUUCAAUGUUCCCGCCUUCCAAAUGCGAUUUGUAACGAGACAACCAACACUUGUCUAUGUGACGCUGACCUUGACUACUUUCAACAUGCCGAUAUAUGCCUGCAAUACGUAAGAAACUUGUACGACCCCUGCAUCCUAGGCACUCAGCAAUGUGCACAACUACCAGGCACGUUGUGUCACUCAUUUAAUAGUACGUGCACCUGCGACACGUCUCAUUUUCAGCACCCCGACCAACUUAUUUGUGUCCCCUAUCGAGACAAUCUUCAUCAAGAAUGCCUUCCUGAGACUCAGCAAUGCAAAAACAUCCCAGGUGCUGACUGCCACAAGGAUUUAAGCACGUGCGAAUGUUUACCGCCAAGAGAAUACUUUGAACAUGAGACGGAGUUGCGUUGCCUGAAGUAUGCGGAGGUGCUGUACGAGCCAUGUGAACCUUUCACGGAACAAUGUUCCUACGUGUUUGGGGCUUUGUGCUCCCCCGCAAAUCAACGUGCAUAUGUGAUCCAGGGGAUUAUUUCCAAAAUCCAGAUUACCCAAAUUGCGCUCAAUAUUCAAAAGAGCUACACGAGAGCUGCCUUCCAUUUACUAGCCAAUGCAGGAAUAUAUUCGGUUCCGCAUGUCAUGACACUCUGGCCACGUGUGAGUGUGAGGAAACAGGACCUGGACCACUGCAAAAACAUCCCAGGUGCUGACUGCCACGAGUCCCUAAAUACAUGUGAAUGUCUUCCAGAAGAUACAUACUUUGAACCUGACUCCAGCCCGAUUUGUUUACGAUUUGCUCAGAACUUGUACGACCCAUGCGACCCAAGAACAAUACAAUGCGAUAAGAUUCCAGGAAGCAUUUGCACCGAAACUAAUUCCACCUGCAUCUGCAACCCAACAACACAUUUUCAAAAUCCAACAAAACUAGAGUGUGUCCCUUACAAGACUAAUUUGCACGAUGCAUGCAUUCCUAAUACGCAGCAGUGUAGCAAAAUCUUUGGAGCGGUGUGCUCUCUUCUAUCGGAAACUUGUGAAUGCAACCCACAGGAUUUUGUGGAGCACCCAGACCAACCACUAUGUCUCCCAUAUACUGACGUCCUCUACUCCCCCUGUCAACCAGGUAGCGAGCAAUGUUCUAAAAUACCAGGGUCCAUCUGCAACGUCGCCAACUCAACCUGCAUCUGCAACUCGGAACACUUCCAAGAUCCCAAUGCCUUGCGGUGUGUCCCCUACCUAGAAAAUCUGCACGAUCCCUGCAUCCCGAAUACCGAACAAUGUAAAAAUAUUUAUGGGGCGGAAUGCAACACUACGACCUCCAGCUGUGAAUGCACUACAGACUUUUUCCUUUGGAAUCAUGCCUGUUUCCUGAUACCUACAAGGCCGUAUUUAAACAACACGUGCUUUACCACCGAUCACUGCCACCUAGUGGAGGGAAGCGAAUGCCGGGAGCUACAGUGCAUCUGCAGCAGUGGGUGGCUUCCUGCCGCGGACUUAUCGAAAUGUUUAAAGCUUCCGGAUGACGUUUCUGACUCUCCAUGCGAGUCACAGAUUCAAUGUGACCAUCUAGAAAACACAUUCUGUGACGGGGUCAAGUGUAGCUGCAUCGCCAACUACACUGAGAACCUGGCGAAAGAUGGCUGCUUGCAAAUUGUUUACAGGUUAAACGAAGACUGCGAAGAAGACACCCAAUGUCUUGCAGGAAUCGGGAGCGGAUCCAGCUGUAGCGGGUCAAAGUGUUCCUGUACCGCAGGGCUGGUUGGAAGUGAUGACGCGACCAAAUGCUUGCCGCCAAGAAAUACCGAUGAGGAAUCUGUCGAGAAGGAGCAACGUUUCUGGUGA